AUGGCAUCACAUAGCCAGCCUGGUUCUAAUGCAUUAAGAAUACCCGCUACUCGCUCAUCAACUAUUCCUGCCACCGCCCGAAGUGAUCGCGACCGAGAAAAUGAUCCUCCGUUAGAGGCCGAGAAGACCACCAGCCGCCUGCAACUCAAAAAGGGUACCGCUAAGCCCGUUUUAAAACCUAUCGAUGCUAGCUCUUCAAUCGCUGAUAUUUGCCAGCAUUUACGAGACAGUUUCCAAAUAUGUGCUACGGUUAUUGACCAAAAGGCCAAAUCCCAAUCGGUUAUUGACAGUGUUUAUGUGCACAUCGAAGCCAUAGACAAUAUAUGCGAUGUUCUUGCAGCCAGAGACGGGCUGAUAAAUCAGCAGUCCCGGCGCGAUUCAAACUCAGCAACCUAUGCUCUCGUUACAGAGAAUUCUAAUCUUAAGAAAACCAUCGCUGAAUUGGAAGAAAAAGUGCUAAACUUAGAGAUGGAUCUGUCGGAGGCUCGAACUACCAACAGACUUAAAGAACUGGACCUUGCAGCUGCCUCCGUGCCAGCUGGCCUAGACUACAAACUUCUCUACGAGACUGAGCUCAAAGAAAACGAUCAUCUUAAAUGGAAACUAAAUACCCUUAACGGAGAACUAAGUAGAAUCUCCGGAAUAGCCACAUCUAAUAACGUAUCUCGUGUUGCGCCAGAUAGGGCUACAGCCGGCUUCAUGCCAACCAACAGAGUCGAAAGACGUGCUAACAGAGAUCAUAACCUAGAUUCUAAUAUACAAAAUCAACCAAGAGUCGCCAACCUCGCGCCCGCGGCCCCAGUGUCAAGACCUAGUAAUCGCUUAGACUCGAGGAGACCUUCAGCUACAACUCAUUCAACUAAUACUCUUAAACAGCAGCAACACAAACAACCGAAAUAUAUCAUAGAUAAGGCCCUUCCAGGCAAGCCUCUGCCAGUGGAUGGAACUUGCUUCCUUGUACAACACAAUGAUCCAGAGAAAACAAAUGUACAGCUCAUAGAUGAGCUCAAAAACAAAAUAUCACCCAAGAGCGUAUCAGCUCAAGUUGUGGCCAUCUUCCGGCUGUCUGCUGCCCGUGCUGGCAUUAUCUGUGCCACAGCCGAGCAAGCAGAGAGGCUGUUAACAGAGAUUGGGAAAAUUACCGAUUUUAAAGUAACUAGAAUGACCAAGAGAAGACCGCUCAUCAGAAUCUCGAGAAUUCCCACCAGCUACAGUUACACCAAUUUCAUCAGCGAAGUGUUAGAGCUGAAUGCUCAAUACCCAGAAAUCGCCAACAUGAAGGAAGCUUUCAAACGAAACAUCGAGGGAGACACGUAUCAUUAUGAUGCUAUUGUAGAAUGUGAACCAGAGUUCUACGGCCAGCUAAUUGCCAGAGGCUACCUACAAAUGGAAUACUCAAGAGUUAGGGUAUUUAGAUACUCUAACUUUAAACAGUGUUACAGGUGUCAGGGAUAUGGACACACAACCAGCAAGUGUAAAUUGGAACAAGAGAAGGAAGUCUGCGGAUUCUGUGCUGGCGAGCACCGAUCCAAAGGCUGUGAAAAUAAGCGUAACAAAGCUGCUCAUCAGUGCAUUAAUUGUAUUAAGUACAACAAAGGGUUCUUGCAAGCAAAUGUAGGAAGAUCUUACUCCUGCUACUCAGCCAUCAUCAAUAAUGCCAUUCAAUUCAAAACAGACAUCAUUUUAAUCCAAGAACCUCCCCCAGUCUUUUUAAUAAGGCAAAGGGACGGCAUCAGAUACUUUUAUAAAAACCAUUCAUCACCGCAGGAUAUUACAGCCCUAACCAUUAUUCUUAACCCCAAGAUAUCCGCAACCCUUUCCAGUUUUACCAAUAAUAACACGGUCAUUCUCACCCUGACUGCCAGCCAGCACCAAAUCAUAAACAUUUACUGCAAGCCGAAAGGUAACCUUCAACAAGAUCUCAUGCUUAUAAAACCCAUCAUCAGUGAAUUUUCAAUAAUUGCUGGCGACUUUAAUGCCAGAUCUGUUUCAUGGAUGGAUAAAGUUACAAAUAACAGAGGCAAAAUUCUCUCAAAAUUCAUCGAUGAAAUGAAUCUCAUGGUUAGCUUCUCCAGAGACUCUCCAUCUUUCGCUGUUAUUCGAAACAACAAAAAAUUCUCAAGUAAUAUCGACUUGACACUCUGCACGCCAGCAACCUUGGAUAUUUUCUCCAACUGGCAACUCGCCAGUGACAUUGCCUCGGACCAUUCACCCAUUAUGUUUACACUAACCCCCUUGGAGAUACCUGUAUCUCGCAUGGAAUCUACACGUGUAAACUGGAUUCUCAACAAGGUUAACUGGUCAGUUUUUGAGCUAGUUACCAGCAGUACGAUUCAGCCCAUUGAGAAACCAUCAAUUGACUCUGAACUGUUGAAAAAUACACAAGUCAUCGACCUGUGGUUAACCAAUCUCUUCGAAAAUAUCUCUGCUGGCUUGUACGCAGCUGGCGGGAGGCAAUCGAGCAAUAAACUUCUGAAACCAUUUCCAUGGUGGACGGAUGAAAUCGAAGCAGCUCAGAAAACAUUAACGAUAGCAAAACGCCGGCGAAGAAACUGUUCUCCAAGAUCAGACAAACACUUCCUAAAUUGGGUUUCUAACCUAAAUGAGAAACUUAAGCAUCUUAUCAGCAAUGCUCGCAGAGCUUUCUGGAGUAAUUUCUUUAAGGAUGUCAAGUCAAGUGAAAUAUGGUCAACAUACUACAAGGUCAUAAAGUCCAGAAGUAAAGCAUCUCUUUCUCAUAAAGUCACACAUAAUGGCAAAGACAUUACCGGAGAUGAGAACUUAGCAAAGUUCUUCAUCGAAUUCUUCUUUGGCAACGACUCGACCCAGCAACCCACCAGCAACCAGCGACUUGAGCGCCAACAUCUCAGCAGUGAUCAGCUAUUCAACAUGCAAGAAAUUAAACACUGUAUAUCUACGUUUGGCUCCAAAAAAGCCCCUGGCAUAGAUGGAAUCGGAAUGGAGAUUAUUAAGGAAUUAAGCGACGGCGUGUUGGAAUCAAUCUGUAGCUGUUUUAAUCUUUGUUUGGAAAUAUCAUAUUUCCCAAAAGUCUUCAAAGAGUCACUAACAGUACUCAUACCCAAACCUGGAGUUGAUAGCAACUCGCCGAAAUCUUGCAGACCUAUUGGUCUUUUACCCUGCCUUGGCAAAGUGUUUGAGAAACUAGUUCUACUAAAGAUUGACAGCUGGCUAAAUGUAACCAUUGAUCCGAAUCAAUUUGGUUUUGUCAAAGGGAAAUCAACAAUCAGUGCACUUUCCGCCAUUAAAGAAACUAUCUCUACCAUCCAUAAAGACAAAGCGGCCUGUUUACUUGUCUCAUUCGACAUUCAGGGAGCAUUUGACUCUGUCAAAUGGAAAGAUAUUCUUUCAAUCUUAAAGCAGAGAAACUGUCCAGCUGCUUUUAUGAACCUUAUUAGAUCUUACCUGUCAGAUAGAAAAACACUUCUAGCUUAUGGUAAUUCUUUCGCCAGCAUUAUCAACUCCCGUGGCACUGUGCAAGGCUCCUGUUUGGGACCCACGUUAUGGAAUUUGGUUAUCAAUCAAUAUUUGCUGGCUACUCGCCAGAAAGAUGUCAAAGUCAUGGUUUAUGCUGAUGACAUUACUCUGCUGGCUAAAUUCAAUCGCUCUAACUAUGAACAAUGCCUAAAUAAUCUAAACAAAGAACUGGAACAGAUAGAACUAUGGUCACGCAAUUAUUCUCUAAAUUUUUCAACGAGCAAGACACAUGCCCUCUGGCUGGCUGGCCGACAGAAAGCCAUUCUAAGACCUGAUGUUAAGCUGUUCGAUGUCUCAAUUUCUUAUGUGAACUCCGUGAAACUUCUAGGACUCCACAUAGAUGAUAGGCUAAAUUGGACAAUUCACAUUGACAGGACCAUUUCCAAAGUAAACAAGUUCUUAUUCAAUUCAAAGCAAUCCCUGGGCUGGCCAAAGCCUAGACUGUCUCUCCUUCGACGCAUUCAUGAUGCAGUUAUUCUUCCACGAAUAACCUAUGCUGCUGAGAUUUUUGCCGGCGAUCUAACCGCAAAUCUGCUGAGACGUCUUAGAGGUUUACAUAGGAAAGUUCUUCUGUGUAUCUCAGGGGCCUAUCGAACCACUGCUUAUACAAGUCUUUGCUGCUUGUGUGAUAUAAAUCCGAUACAGUUUGUCCUAACGAACAAAUUCGAUCACUUCUCAGCUCUAAACAAGAAAUCUCAAAUUACCAAGAUACCAUCAGACAGAGAAAUCGCCAGCAAAUUGCCUUCUUCCUAUUCGAUCUAUUCUCCGAAUAUGGAUCAACACAUUGGAUGCAAAAUAAGAACCGAUAAAGAAUUCAUCGCCGCUAUGGAAUCAUCAAUAGGUAUUAAGUGUUUUACCGAUGGAAGCAAAACUGACGAAGGUGUUGGAUAUGGGUCUGUCUUUUUCAACGAAAAAGCUACAAUCAUCGCUGAGAUUAUCGAGCCUCUUUAUGAAUAUGCCACCAUUUUCCAGGCCGAGUGUUUAGCCAUUAUAAAGUCAAUUGAAAAAGCAGUUAAAGACAAGAAAAUCGCCGGCAAAUCGCUGGAUAUUUACACAGACAGCGAAAGUGUCUAUCAUCUUCUAUCCUCAACUUAUAUGGUUAAUCCACUAGUUGAAGAAAUUAAAAGUCUUCUCUGUCGCACUGCGAGCUCUACUAAGGUUCAUUGGAUAAAGGCUCACAACAACUUCACCGGCAAUGAAUAUGCUGAUUACUUAGCCAAAAGAGCUACAACGACCCAUAAAAGCAUUAAGUUUGAUCAAGUUCCUAGAGCGACUAUCAAACGAAUCUGCCAAUAUCAAAGUAAUCAUCAGUCAGCCAGCUGGCUGCUGGAAAAUCGCUCAACAAAUCUACAAAUCAAUCUACCUCUUAAAUGGAAUAAGAACCCCUACGAGCUCGAUAUUGAUAAACAAAGCUUUUGGCUCCUCUCCGGUCAUGGUCCAUUUCGCCAUUACCUUCAUCGCUUCAAAAUAGCUGCUGACCCAAGUUGUCUCUGCGGCCACAAUAAAGCUGAUGCCAAGCAUUACCUCACAGAAUGUGACUCAACUCGCAGUAUUAGGGCUGAAUUAACUUCGACAAUGAAUAAGGAAGAGAAUCAAUUUACUCAAUGUAUAGCAAAAUUGCUAGCGGCGGGCCAAGCAAAUCUAGUCAACACAACUAGCCAGCGGAUUAUACAACAAUGUUUUAGAAUCAAUCAAGAAAAUGGCGAAUCAACUGAGCGAUGA